UUUCCCUGUUCCUCUCUUUAACUUUCUCAACCCCGAAUAAUCUCACUUUCAAAACUCCACGUUAAUCGAAAUGUCUGGCGCUUCCACCGUUCACGUUUCUGGCAUCUCGCACACGACCUCCGAGAAGGAGGUCCGCGACUUCUUCAGCUUCUGUGGAAAGAUCACCAGCUUGUCCAUUACUCCCGUCUCAUCUGAGGCCGAUGCCCCUAAGUCCGCCAGUGUGACUUUCGAGAAGGAGGCAGCUGCUAAGACUGCCCUGCUGCUCGACCAGACUCAAUUGGGUACCUCUUCCGUGCACGUCGAGGCCGCGCAGAGCAUCGACACUCUGGCCGGCGCAUCAGCCGCUGGCGCAUCCACCACCGAGAAGGACGAAGAGCACGAAAUCGCUCAGGAGGACAAGCCACGCUCUCGCAUUAUCGCCGAGUACCUGGCGCACGGGUACGUCGUGAGCGACGGCGCUAUCCAGAAGGCCAUCGCUCUGGACCAGAAGCACGGUUUCUCGACCAAGUUCACCUCGGCCCUGUCCAACUUUGACAAGAAGUUCAACGCCACCGAGCGCGCUCGCGGUAUCGACGAUAGCUACAAGAUCUCCGAUAAGGCUGUUUCCGGCUGGCGCGGUCUGCACUCGUACUUCGAGAAGGCCCUCGAGCACCCCUCCGGCCAGAAGCUGCGUGACUUCUACGUUCAGACUGAUAAGCAGGUGCGCGACAUUCACAAUGAAGCUCGUCGUCUGGCAGAUCUGAAGCAGGGCAAGGGUGGUGAGACUGAGGGCGUUGCCCCUGCUGCCAGCGAGGCUGCUGGUGUCGCCCCCGCGACUGUCCCUGCUUCUGAGCCCGCUGGUGUUGUUGCCCCUGCCGAGCCCAAGGCUUAGUUUUCUUGUUUUCUUGCUUGAGACCUGAUGGUUAUCCCACGCUGGCGUGAUAUUUUCUGUUUCCGUGUCUAUGCUUUUUCAUUGAUACAUGCCACUUGUGCUGAGAUCGCCAUGAAAGGUUUUGCGGCUUUUCGCCUUUGUUGUCUGGGACGAGCUUAUGAUUGCGAUGAUUCCGUACUUUGCGGUUAGUUAGUUCUUGGUAUCUGAAUUGCGAGCGAGCGAAUGAACAUAUACGAUUAUCAUGAUAGCAAUA